AUGUCAUAUUGUAUGUUCCGAUGGGAAUUAUUUGAUGAUUCUGUUCAAAUACCCAAACAUGCAGUGAAAAUAGGAAAUUUAUUAGGAGUACAUUCGAAACAAGAUCGACUCUCCGGUUCCAUCAAGCGAUACGAGAAACAAGACAAAAAUAAACAAGCGUCGGCAGAAAGCAAUCGAAAAACAAAACCGAUCGUAUUUGAUGCUGAGAAACACUUAAUAAUUUGUUGUACAGCAGAACACUUUUUCCACCAUCAUUUACAAAGUUUGUAUGAUAAUGAUGUUAAGUCAGAAGAAACAUGGAUAUCAUCGACACGUUGUAAAAUUUUGAUAAAUUGUUCGGAUAAAAAUGUUGAUGAUAGUGCUGGAUACGAUUUUGUAAUUUAA